AUGGCUCAGACUAUCGCCAGAGGAUCGGGUCGAGAAUAUCAACUAGAGAAUAUCGACCAGGCCUUCCAAAGCUUCAUGAGGGAAUACAAUAAGAAGUAUGAGACGGAUGAGCAGUACCAGGUUGCAAAGGCUGCUUUUGCAGAAAGCAUGAGAGAGAUAGAGGAAUUGAGAGCAAAUGGCGAUAUAACUCAUGAGGUCGGCCUCAAUGAAUAUGCCGAUGUACCAUCCGGAGUAUUCGAUAAAGCGUUCCAGUGCGCUACAGAUCCGCAGUUUGAAGAAAACCUGCGCUCAGUCACUGCGACUUACCCACAAGACGAGAUAGAAGCUCCUCCCCCGUCGGUUGACUGGGAAGCCGCUGGUGCUUUGGCUCCAGUCAGGGAGCAAUCGACUCGGCUGAACAGAUGUGGCUCUUGUUAUGCCAUCGCCGCUAUAGUCGCUCUGGAGAGCCGUUUCAAGAUACAGACCGGCAUUGCUAAAGUGAUUGAAGAUGCACAUCGUAGUAAAGUACGGAAGCCGCUGACAGAGAGGUGGAUCUGUGCCGU